GCCCCCCCCGGGAAACCGGGGACUGGGGAGUUCUCCGGGAAUUCGGGAAUUCGGCACCGCAGAGGCCGCGGGGAGCCGGCACCGGGACGAUGCUUCCCGAGGAGCGCAAGGAGGGCUCGCCCCGCUUCGGGAAGCUCCAUUUCCCCGUGGGGCUCUGGAUCAACUCCCCCAAAAAACGCCUGGCCAAGAUGAGCCGCCGCUGGCCCAGCGCCGGCUCCGUCCGCUCCACCUCCUCGGACACCCCCAGCCGCGCCAGCGACCCCUCGGACCCCCGCCCGGCCGCCGCCGCCGCCGCCAAAGCCAAGCCGCCCCGCCACAAGCGCCUGUCCCACCUCUUCCACCGCGCCACCGGCGCCACCGGUGCCACCGGCGCCGCCAGCGCCGCCAGCGCCAGCCGCUGGGCCAGCGAGAAGAAGCUGGCCGAGCUCCGCGAGCCCUCGGGCGACCUGCUGGGCCCGGCGGGCGGCGCGGCCGCGGGCCCGCAGCAGCCGCCGUGCAUCCUCAAGAUCUUCGGCGGGGCCAUCUCCCGAGGGGCCAACUACAAGAGCGUGCUGGCCACGCCGCGCUCCAGCGCUCGCCAGCUCGUCCGCGAGGCGCUGGAGCGCUACGGGCUCAAUCCCGACGACUUCGGGCAAUUCGCCCUCUGCGACGUCGUGGGGCGGCCCGGCGGCGGCGGCGCCGGCGCGGGGGGCGGGUGGCAGGGCGAGCACCUGCGCGAGGUGGGCGACUGGGAGCGGCCGCUGGUGCUGCAGGAGCUCUGGAAGCCCAAGGCGGGGUGGUCGCGGCGCUUCGAGAUCCGCCGCAGGCAGGACCUGGAGAGGGCGGGGGACGGCGACGACGGGGACAGCUCCGGGCUGCCCCCCCAGCCCCGCCGCCUGCACCGGAACCGCUCCCGGGCGGCCUCGGGGGGUCCCGCGCCCCCGGCCCGCGACCCCCGGGACCCCCGGGACCCCCCCCCCGCCAUGCGCCGCAGCAUCAGCGACAUGAACCUGAGCACGCGGCGGCGACAGCGCAAAGCCCUGAGCCUGGCGGGGGGCGACGCCGCCGCCGGGACCCCCCCCGCGGGACCCCCGGGAGCCUCGGGGACGCCCCCGGACACCGGGACCCCCCCCGGGGACGGGGGUCCCAGCCUGGAGCUGCUGUCGCAGUGCCUGAUCCAGCCCCCCCAGGACCGCCCCUAUUUCCUGCUGCUGCAGGGUUACAGCAAGGAGGACUUCGUCCUUUACGUCAUGACCCGUCCCCAGCACAUCUUCGGCCGCCCCGAGCGCCGGGGGGGCCCCGACAAGCCGGGGGGGUGCCCCGAAACCCCCCCGCCCACCCCCGAAGCCCCCGACGCCCCCCAAAAAUCGGAUUCGGGGCCGUUUUCAGUGGUCGACACCUUCCUGAGCGCCCCCGACAUCCUCCCCCGCCACUGCCUCGUGCAGGCCGCCCCCGGGGGAGGGGGCGACCCCGGCGGGGACCCCCCCUCCGCCACCGUGCGGCCUUUUCGGGGCGCCCCCGCCACCCUCAACGGGUCCCCGCUGCUCCGCCGGGCGCCCCUAAACCCCGGCGACCUUUUGGGGCUGGGGGAGCACGUCCUGCUGCUCUACAAGGACCCCCGGAUCGGGGAGGGGGCCAGACCGCCGUGGGUGCCGCCCCCCCGCGCGUCCCUGGGGAUUUUGGGGGUCCUGGGGUGCGCGGGGUGCGGGAGGAGCCCCCGGGAGCGGCGGGACGUGCUCAGGGAGGCUCUGGAGAGCCCGAGAGCCGAGCUCCGCUACCGGCCCCAGGACGAGGGGACGCUGCUCAGGGACAUCCUGAGCGCCGACCUGGGCGGGGGUCCCGGCGGGGAUUCGGGGGAGGGGUCCCCGGGGGGGGAUCCCGGCGAGGAUCUGGGGGCUCUGGCCCCCGCCUUCCUCCUGGGGCUGUGCCUGGACCACGCGGCCCGCGAGUUCCCGGCGGGACAUUUCCCGGAGCUGCUGGGCAGGGUGGCCGGGAUGCUGCGGGAGACGGUCUGGGAGAAGAUCAAGGAAAUCGGGGACCGGCAGCCAGAGAGCCCCCCGGACGGGGACCCCCCCCCCGCGCUGGACCUGGCCGCGGUCAGCUCGGACCUGCGGCCGCUGCUGCUCUGGCUGGCCAACGCCGUGGAGCUGCUGAACCUGGCCCAGGGCCACCUGCAGGGCCUGGAGCGCGAGCUGGACAUCGAAGGGCCGUGCCCGGAGCUGGAGCGGGACCUGGAGAGCUGUGACGAGGCCCUGGGGGUGCUGGACGAGGUCAUCAUGUCCACCUUCCAGCAGAGCGUCUAUUACCUGACCAAGACCCUGUACUCGGCCCUGCCCGCCCUGCUGGACACCAACCCGUUUGUGGGGCCGGGGGAGCCGCGGGCGGGGCCGGACCUGGGGGGGGUCCCCGAGGGGCUGCGGCCGCCGCUGGCCGUGUUCGGGGCCGUGCUGGGGCUCACCCGCGAGUGCCGCCUGCACCCCGACCUGGCGUCCCAGACCUUCGGCUACCUGUUCUUCUUCUCCAACGCCUCGCUCUUCAACACCCUCAUGGAGAAAGGCAGCGCGGGGCCCUUCUUCCAGUGGUGGGUGGGCGUGCGGCUCCGCACCAACCUGGACCUGGUGCUGGACGGGCUCGGCGCCCUCGGCCUCGGCGACAUCGCCGGCGACUUCUUCCGCAAGCUCUCGGCCACUGCCAACCUGCUGAGCACGCCCCGCGGCUGCCUGGAGCAGGCCACCUGGGCGCGGCUCCGCGCCGAGUUCCCGGCGCUGUCGCCGGCGCAGCUGCACCACGUCCUGCGGCACUACCGGCUGGGCCGGGGCCGCGCCGCGCCGCCCGCCUGGAGCCCCGGCCCCGAGGAGAGCGCGGCCGCGGCCACAGGUGACAUUUUCGAGAGUUUCUCCGAGCACCCCCCGCUGCUGCUGCCCACCCGCGGUUUCCGCCUGGGCCCGGGGGUGGCGCUGGGCCCGGGGGGGCUCCUGCGCCCCCUCCUCAGGAUGCGCCGCCGCCUCUGGGAGCUCGAGGGGGGGGGCGCCGACCCCUGAGACCCCCCCGGGACCCCCCAAACCCCCCCCGGAACCGCCCCCCGAUUCCCGGGGACCCCCCCCCCAAAAUCCCCCCCCGGGGGUGAGGGGGGUCCCCGGUGGUGGGGAGGGGUCUCCGUGUGUGACCCCUGCCCCAAAUAAAGGUGUGAUGGCGA